UGCGAUGGCGAGGCGAGAACCGCACUUGGUGCUCUGUCUGAGGGCUGUGCGGAGCGUGUGCAGGGUGUGUGCGUUUCCCGCGUUAGCGCGGGCGCUGAGCAUCCUCUGGGUGCACAGCUGGCGCUCCGCACGCAGUGGCGGGCUGUCAUCUCCACGGUGGGCCCGCGGGGCUGUGGGUGCUGAGCUAUGCGUGGGAUCCGCGCUCUGCACCAGGCUCCCCUGCCUGGCUGUGGAUGGGGAUUGCUCCCUUAGUGGAAGAGUGCGCGGCUUGGGCUCAGGGGCUGUUUUGCGUUGUGUUCAGGUGUCUGAGUGAUGUGUGUCUGGGUGUUGUGUAUCCGGUGCACCUGGUUGCUGUGCUGUGUGUCUGGGUGUUGUUUGAAGGCAUUCCCCUGUUAAACAUUACAUACUGUCUGGCUGCUGAGUGUCUGGGUGAAGCUGUGCAUCUGGGUAUUGUUUUGUGUGUCUGUGCUGGAUCGGUGUUGUCAUGAGUUUGUUUCUGGGUUUUGUGUGUCUGGGUAUUUAGAGGCUGUAUGCUGUGUGUCCAGAUGUGUUUUGUAUGGAUGUAUGGUGUGUGUGUGUGUGUGUGUGUUGGGUGUCUAAAUGUUGUCGGUCUAUGUGUUGUGUGUGUGUAGUUGUGUGUGUAAGCGCUGUGGGCAGGUGUCUGGCUGGGUUGUGUGGGAGCCUUCUGUAUAUGAGAGCUGUGUGUGGAUGCCAAGUCGGGAGUGUUUGUAGGCGUGUGGAAGUGCCGCGAGGGGUGUGCUUGGGGGUGUGUCUGGGUGUUGUGUGUGUGGUUCUGUGCCUGGAUACUGUAUGUGGAUACAGUGUGGGGUGCUGUGUUUGUAGGUGUAUGGAGCCUUCAGCCGCUGCUACAAGCUCACGGACAUGUCCACCAGCGCUGUGUUCGCUCUUAAGGUGGUGCCAAGGGGCGGAGCGGGGCGGCUGCGCCUGCGCGGGAAGGUGGAGCGUGAGAUCGCCCUGCACAGCCGCCUGCGCCACCGCAACAUCGUGGCCUUCCACGCACACUUUGCUGACCGCGAUCACGUGUACAUGGUGCUGGAGUAUUGUAGCCGCCAGAUCCACAACCCAUCUAACAAGUACCAGGUCCCUCUACAGUCCUUGGCUCAUGUGCUGAAAGUGCGGCGGACUCUGACAGAGCCUGAAGUGCGCUAUUACCUUCGGGGCCUGGUCAGCGGCCUGCGCUACUUGCACCAACAACGCAUCGUGCACAGGGACCUGAAACCCAGUAAUUUCUUCCUUAACAAGAACAUGGAGGUUAAGAUAGGUGACCUGGGGCUGGCUGCCCGUGUGGGGCCUGCUGGUCGCUGCCACAGGGUGCUCUGCGGGACUCCAAACUUCCAGGCACCUGAAGUGGUGUCCCGAAAUGGACACUCGUGCAAAUCUGACAUCUGGGCUCUGGGAUGCAUCAUGUACACGGUGCUGACAGGCACGCCACCCUUUGCCGCGGCACCCUUGUCAGAGAUGUACCAAAACAUCCGUGACGGCCACUACCUCGAGCCUACUCACCUGUCGCCCAGCGCCCGCAGCCUCAUUGCACGGCUCCUGGCACCGGACCCCGCCGAGCGGCCCAGCCUGGACCACUUACUGCAAGAUGACUUCUUCAGUCAGGGCUUCACCCCGGAGCGGCUGCCUCCACAUUCCUGCCACAGCCCACCUGUGUUUGCCUUUCCCCCACCUCUGGGCAGGUUGUUCCGGAAGGUGGGCCAGCUCCUGCUGACCCAGUGCCGGCCACCUUGUCCCUUUACCUCAAAAGAGGCCUCAGGCCCUGGAGAAGAGGGCACAGAACCAGACCACAUGGAAGCCGGCAACGAGGAAAGGGAUCCUCUCUGCACCGAGGGCCGAAUCCACCUCCUCACCCUUGGGACCCCGCGGACUGGCCUGGCGGGCCCAAAAGGGAGCUUGGCUCUGCAGCUGGAAGUGGCAACCAGAAAACUGUUCCUCUGCUUGGACGCAGGACCUAUGGCUGGACAGGACCCCCCAGGGGAGCAGCGGCCUGUUCUCUGGGCUCCUAAGUGGGUGGAUUACUCCCUCAAGUAUGGCUUCGGCUACCAGCUGUCGGAUGGGGGCAGUGGGGUGCUGUUUCGGGAUGGCUCCCACAUGGCCCUGCGCCCCCAAGGCGGCCAUGUCUCCUACCAACCUGACCAAGGGACUCUCUGGACCUUCACCCUGAGGGACGUCCCCAGCCCACUUCGUGCCAAGCUGGCUGUCCUGCGGCUCUUUGCCUGCUAUAUGCAGCGGCGUCUGCGGGAGGAGGGGACUGUGCCCAUGCCUGCCACACCUGCCUCUCCUGACAUCUCUCUGCUGAGCUUCAUUGCUGACUCCCAGGCUAUGGUCAUGCUGUUUAGCAAUGGGACAGUGCAGGUCAGCCUCAAAACCUCCCAAACCCAGCUGGUGCUAAGUGGGGAGGACGAGGACCUCCUGCUCACCCUCCAGGAGCCAGGGGGACCCGCUGUGGGCGUCUCCUACACACUCGAUGUCCUGCGGAGCCAUGGCUUCACCCUUGCAGUCCACCAUCACCUGCGCCAUGGCCUGCAUCUGCUACAGAGUGUCUGAAGUCUGAGCAGACCUCUUCGUGCUGGCGUGGAGACCUGGGAACCUGGGAUCUGUUUCUGUCUGUGUUAAUGCGCUGCAGCCAGUGUUCAUGGAGGGUUGACACAACGGGGCCACUGAUGGGUAGGGGUCUUUGAUUAUUUAUAGUAUGACUAUUCAAGCUAGAAUUUUGUUGGAUUUUCACUAAAUAAAACAGAAUCCUUUAAACUGG